UUCGGAGAGUAAGGUUUCUUGUCCAUUGUGCAGUCAACUAUUUUUAUUAGACGUUUUGCUAUUGUUGUGUAGCGUAUCAGACAUUCUGAUGUCACUUGAAAAGAAAGUUGACACAUCCCAGUCAUUCAACAUCAAUGUGACAAGGGAGGACCUGUUUGAAAGGGGGCUGAAACAGUGGGCCAGGCAAAAACAGGCCUCCCCAAAGAAUCUCCUCAGGGUCUCCUUCAUUGGAGAAAAUGGAAUAGACCAAGGCGCUCUUCGUAAAGAGGAGUUCCUUACUGAAAUGGUGUGUGGAAUUGAAGCACGUUUUUUUGAAGGAGAUGGGGAAAGGGGCAAAACCCCUAAAUACAGUAUUUGUGACUACCAGGACAACAGUUUCAAGACUUGUGGGGAGAUUUUUGCCACAAGUUUGGUGCAGGGGGGUCCUCCACCAAACUUCCUUACAAAAUGGUGCUACCAUUUCUUGUGCCAUGGGGAGAUGGACAAAGAUUUGGGUGUACUCGAAGUCACUGAUCAGGAUAUUAAAAAUCUGAUGACAGAGGUGGAAAAUGCAGAAGGUGGAGAAAAGCUGAUAGAUUUAUCAGAUGCGAUUGUGGCAUGUGGCUACACUGGGCCAAUAAAUGUUGACCAAAAAAAGGCCAUCACAGAUGCCAUCGCUUUGCAUGGACUGGUGAGGCUGAUCCCGAUCUUGAAUCAGCUGCGUGAGGGAUUGAGGCUCUACGGAUUAGAUGAGGUGUUAGCACAGCACACCCAGAUGUGCCAGCAGCUCUUUGUCCCCGGCCACUUACAGGAAGUGAAUGUAGACUUCCUUCUGCUUGCGCUAUCUCCUGAUUUCAGUGAGGAAGGAUCUGUGAGACGACAGCGAGAGAUGCGGAUCAUCAAUUUUCUGCAGGAUUUCUUGCAAAAGUUGGAAGACAGAGAAGCAGACAGCCAAGAAGAGGGCAGCCCUGAAGGUCAAAGUCACGUGGCACAAAGUCACUUCCUUCAGUGGGUCACAGGUCAGGCACAUGUUCCACUGAUCGAAUCCAAGAGAGAGGCAUUCAAGAUAACUGUUAAUUUUGAUCAUGAAUGCGACUCCCGCUAUGGGACACAUAGCCUUUGUUAUCCCAUUGUCAAUGCUUGUGCUGUUGCCAUUACUUUUCCUACACGCCACUUAGCCACAUACCAAGAUUUUGAAAACAACCUAACCGAGGCAAUCUGUGGUGGUUACGAGUUCAGCAGACACUAAAGUAGCAUUUAAGGUCCUUGUUACUUAUUUUAGUUACUUGGUAAGUAAUUUGUUACCCUUUUUGUGCUUUGUUUCUACCGUGUACAAACAAGUGUAAAAAAAAAGUUGUUCUAUUGUUAAAAAGAAAUCUAAAGAUUUAACUGUGGUUGUUGUUAGCUUUUCUGUGCUUUGUUUGUAUUUUAUACUGUGUACAAACAAGUAUACAACAAAGUUGUUCUAUUGUUAAAAAGAAUAAAUCUAAGGAUUUAA